UAAUGAUGUUUAUUCAUAGCCAAAAAAAAAAAACCAAAAGUAACGGUCGAAAAUCCCGCCUAAGAAUGAGCACGGAGGUUGAUGGGUCAUCAUCAAGUUCAAUUUUUUCACCAUUCUUUAUCAAGACUACUACUGUCUUCCUCGUCAAGGCUCUUCUUCUCAACUCUGACACCACCAGACCAAGCAAAACCCACCAACAGUUUCAAAACCUUUUCUCGGAUUUUCCAACAAUGCUCCUAUGGAAGAGCUCUCAAUCCGGGAAAACAAGCCCAUUGUCGGAUGAUCGUAUCGGGGUUCGAGCCCACGGUGUUUGUUAUGAAUUGUUUGAUUCAGAUGUACGUGAAAUGCAGCAACUUGGAGUAUGCAAGUAAGACGUUCGACGAAAUGCCUGAGAGAGACUCGGUUUCUUGGAAUACCAUGAUUUCCGGGUAUUCUGUGCGUGGCAAGAUGGAGAUCGCGCAGUCGUUGUUCGAUGCAAUGCCAAGGAGGGAUGUGGUCUCUUGGAAUUCCUUGAUUUCGGGGUAUUUGCAGAAUGGUGACUAUCAGAAUUCUAUUGGUGUUUGUUUGCAGAUGAGCAGUUUUGGCGUGGGGCUUGACCCUACUUCGUUAGCUCUCAUUUUGAAAGCAUGUUCCGCGAUGGAAUAUUUGGAUUUUGGGAUUCAAUUUCACGGUAUUGCGUUCAAAACGGGUUAUGUUGUUGAUGUUGUGACAGGAAGUGCUUUGUUAGAUAUGUAUGCGAAGUGUAAGAAACUAAAGUUUUCUUUUCAGGUUUUUGAUGAAUUGCCCAAAAAGAAUUGGGUUUCUUGGAGCGCUAUGAUUGCAGGUUGCAUUCAGAAUGACCAAUUUGUUAACGGUUUAGAGAUGUUCAGGAGGAUGCAGAUUGAAGGAAUUGGAGUGAGCCAGUCUACCUAUGCUAGUGUUUUCAGGUCCUGUGCUGGAUUAUCUGCCUAUAAGUUUGGGACUCAGUUGCAUGGACAUGCCAUAAAGUCGCAUUUUGAUUCUGAUGUCUUGGUAGGAACCGCCACUUUGGAUAUGUAUGCAAAAUGUGGCAAUAUGUUUGAUGCUAGGAAACUAUUCAACUCAAUGCCAAACCAUAAUUUGCAAUCUUUUAAUGCCAUAAUCGUGGGCUAUGCUCGAAGUCAGCAGGGGAAGGAAGCUUUAUACUUGUUUCUGCUGUUGCGAAAGUCUGGACUUGGUUUUGAUGAAGUAUCUCUAUCUGGUGCGCUUGGUGCUUGUGCGGUGAUUAAAGGGCAUUUUGAGGGACUUCAACUACAUGGCUUCGCCGUUAAGAGUCGUUUGGCGUCCAAUAUAUGCGUUGCAAAUGCCGUUCUGGACAUGUACGGAAAAUGUGGUUGUCUAUUUGAAGCAUCUUGUGUAUUUGAUGAGAUGGUAAGGAGAGAUGCCGUAUCUUGGAACGCAAUUAUUGCAGCCAAUGAACAGAAUAAUAAUGGGGAGGAAACGCUUCAGGUUUUUGUUUCCAUGCUCCGUUUAAGGAUGGAACCAGAUCAGUUCACAUACGGUAGUGUUUUAAAAGCUUGUGCCGCUCAUCAAGCUCUGAGUCAUGGGAUGGAGAUCCAUGGUAGAGUUAUUAAAUCGGGGAUGGGCUUGGAUUUGUUUGUUGGAGGUGCACUUGUUGACAUGUAUUGUAAGUGUGCAAUGAUCGAAGAGGCAGAAAAGAUCCAUAAUAGAACUGAUGAACAAACGAUGGUUUCGUGGAACGCAAUCAUCUCUGGAUUCUCACAGCAAAAACAAAAUGAGGAUGCACAGAGGUUCUUCUCUCAGAUGUUGGAAAUGGGUGUCAAGCCUGAUAGCUUCACUUAUGCAGCAGUUCUUGAUACCUGCGCUAAUUUGGCCACUGUUGGACUUGGGAUGCAAAUACACUCUCAAAUAAUCAAGCAAGAAUUGCUCUCGGAUGCGUACAUAUCCAGCACGCUUGUUGACAUGUACUCAAAGUGCGGAAACAUGCAAGAUUCUCGACUGAUGUUUGAGAAAUCACGAAAGCGGGAUUCGGUGACUUGGAACACCAUGAUAUGUGGUUACGCCCACCAUGGCCUAGGAGAAGACGCCAUUAAAGUCUUCGAGGAUAUGCAACUUGAGAAUGUGAAACCAAACCAUGCAACUUUCGUAUCAGUCCUCCGUGCUUGUGCGCAUAUCGGGAAUGCUGAAAAGGGAUUGCAUUACUUCCACUUAAUGCAAAGUGACUAUAACUUAGCUCCCAAAUUGGAGCACUACUCUUGCAUGGUGGAUAUUGUAGGGAGGUCAGGACAACUUAAUGAGGCUUUGAGGCUUAUUCAAGAGAUGCCCUUUGAAGCCGACGCUGUUAUAUGGCGAACUAUGCUUAGCAUUUGUAAGCUACAUGGGGACGUAGAAGUUGCGGAAAAAGCAGCUAGAAAUCUUUUGCAAUUAGACCCUCAAGAUUCUGCUGCUUAUGUUCUUCUAUCAAAUAUUUAUGCUGAUUCUGGAAUGUGGGGUGAGAUGUCAAACAUGAGAAGAGCAAUGAAGUCUCACAAAUUGAAGAAGGAGCCGGGUUGUAGCUGGAUUGAGGUUAAAGAUGAGGUACAUGCAUUUCUUGUUGGGGACAAAGCUCAUCCAAGGUGCAUAGAGAUAUAUGAGAAACUCCAUUUGCUAGUUGGUGAAAUGAAAUGGGCUGGGUAUUCGCUAUAUGCUCAUUUUGAUGAGGAUGUAGAAGUGGAAGAGCAGGAAGAAGAGCUCAGAACUUAAAUGUGCAAUUCUUAGUUUUGUUUGUAACCAUUUUGAUUGGUUAAAUUCCAAGUUAGUUGAGAACAAAAUACUGGAAGAGUUGCUAAAAAAAUAUACGCAUUCCCAAGAGAUUGCAAAUUUUUUAUGUUUUUUG